UGACGCAUUUCGGUUGCGUUGUUUUCCCUCCAUGCCAGUUUAUUUGCUCCAUGUUCUUUAAAAAUGUUCCACUGGAAAGCUGAGCGCUCUUAAAACAACACGAGAGGAACUCCCGAGCGCCUAGAGAAGCAAGUUUGUGAUUUUUGAAACGGAAAAGCACUUCCGACUUAUGCAGUGUCCAUAGCAGCGCAAGAUGUUCAACAAGUCAUUCAGUACUCCCUUCGGGGCAGCAACGGGAGGAUUUGGGGCUUCAUCUACAUUUGGACAACAGAAUGCAGGGUUUGGAGCGACAGGUGGUUUUGGUGCUUCUGCUUUUGGAACUGCAAACAACAGCGGUGGUCUCUUUGGGGCAACACAGAACAAACCUGGUGGGCUGUUUGGCUCCAGCACGUUCAGUCAACCUGUCACUUCGUCUACCAGCAGCGCAUUUGGGUUUGGUGCAACAAGCGGGACCUCCAACAGCCUCUUUGGAAACACUAAUACAGGAGGUGGAGGUCUUUUCUCUCAGCAAGGCAAUGCAUUUGGUGCCAACAAACCCGCCUCUUUUGGCACUUUUGGCACUAGUACUAGCAGUGGAGGACUGUUUGGGACGACCAACACCACGUCCAAUCCAUUUGGAGGAACCCCUUCUCUCUUUGGAGCUACGGGCUUUACUGCGACCCAGCCUGGCACCACCAUAAAAUUUAAUCCACCAACCGGAAGUGAUACAAUGGUAAAGAGCGGUGUGACGACCAGCAUCAACACCAAGCACCAGUGUAUCACAGCAAUGAAGGAGUAUGAAAACAAAUCUCUAGAGGAGCUAAGGUUAGAGGAUUACCAGGCAGGGAGGAAGGGACCCUCCAACGCAGGUGGCCUGUUCGGGGCUGCAGCCACAGCACCUCCCAGCACUGCUACGGGCCUCUUCGGGUCCUCGGGUACUGGGUUCAGCUUCAACCAGGCAAAGCCCUCCUUCAGCUCUGCUACAAGUGGCUUUGGGACGACCCCCGGUUUAUUUGGCCAGACACAGCAGACCAAUAGUCUCUUCAAGCCCUUUGGUCAGGCCACUACUACCCAAAAUACAGGCUUCUCAUUCAGUGGCACCAACACCAUGGGCCAGGCCAACACCAGUAGCAUAGGGCUGUUUGGCAACACGGCUGCAUCACAGCCCGGGGGUUUGUUUGGAAACACAGCCAACACCAGCACGGCCGCAGGCUUCGGCACGGGCACUGGGCUCUUUGGACAGCCCAACGCCGGCUUUGGGAAUGUGGGUACACAGAAUCUGUUUGGUAACAAGCCAGCAGGUUUUGGCACCACCACCACGAGCGCUCCCUCCUUUGGCACAGGCACCGGUCUGUUUGGGAACAAACCUACGCUUACUUUGGGGACGAACACAAACACCUCCACCUUUGGUGCGUUUGGAGCUAAUCCUCCUGGAUGCAGUCUGUUUGGAAACAAACCUGCCACUGGUACACUAGGAACAGGACUCAGUGCAGGUUUUGGAGCAGGUGUAGGUACAGGGCCAACGCCUCUGUUUGGAAACAACCAGAACAAAAUAGGCUCCACACUGGGCACAGUUGGGUCAUUUGGGGCUAAUAGCUUUAACACAGGUGCUAGCACGUUGAACUUUGGGGCACCGCAGCAACCUGUCGCCCUGACGGAUCCCAACGCUGCAGCCCAGCAAGCAGUGCUACAGCAGCAGCUCAAUGCACUCAGCUAUUCCCCUUUUGGAGAUUCGCCCCUGUUUAGAAACCCGCUCUCGGACCCCAAGAAGAAAGAGGAGCGCUUGAAGCCAACAAAUCCAGCUGCCCAGAAAGCCCUGAUGACCCCUACUCACUACAGGCUCACCCCUCGUCCUGCAACCCGCGUACGCCCCAAGGCCCUCACCUCCUCAGGUUCUGGUAAAUCUCAGCUUUUUGAUGGGCUCGACGAUGACGAACAGUCUCUCACCAACGGAGCUUUCAUGCCAAGGAGGAGCAUAAAGAAGCUGGUGUUGAAAAACCUGAAUGGUAGCAGUCUGUACAGCAACUCCGUGAACAGCGAGGCUGAUGACUUGAACUCGCCGUCCGAGUACCCACAGAACGGCCUCAGUCUUAGAGCAGAUGACCGAGAAACGCAUGACAUAGAGGUUGAAGGAGGAGCAGAGGAUGACAUGCAAGUCUCCAAGUUCUACAACAACCCCAUCGCCAAGCCCAUUCCACACACCCAGCCCAGUCCGUCGCUACACGACACCAUUAGCGAGCUGAAUAUGAGGAGAGCUGUUAGUGCUCGCAAUGGCCUGGAUCUCAGCAGUGAGGAGAUCUCUCUGGGAGACGACAGUAUCCAGGAAGAGAGAGAUGAUGAGCUGGACACACAGAGACCUCCUCACCCAGCUGGUAUUGUUCUCACUCGGGCGGGAUACUACACCAUUCCCUCUAUGGAGGAGCUGGGGAAGAUGCUGAAUGAAAACGGGGAGUGUAUUGUCGAAAACUUUACAAUAGGAAGGAAAGGCUACGGGUCAGUUUUCUUCCCUGGUGAAGUGAAUUUAACAAACCUGAACCUUGACGAGGUUGUGCACUUCAGGCGAAAGGAGGUAAUCGUCUACCCUGAUGACAAAGAUAAGCCACCUGUAGGAGAGGCCCUUAACAGACGAGCAGAAGUGACUCUUGAUGGUGUUUGGCCCAAUGACAAAACCACCUGCACUCAGAUCAAAAGCCCUCAGCGUCUGAGUGAGAUGAACUACGAGGGACGUCUGGAGAACGCCUCACGCCGACAAGGCGCCCGCUUCCUGGAGUAUAGACCCGAGACCGGAUCCUGGGUGUUUGAGGUGGCACACUUUUCCAAGUACGGCUUGCAAGACUCCGAUGAGGAGGAAGAAGUUCCCCCGGCUAAAACGGAGACCAAGAAGUUGAAGACGGCCAUCCCGGCAGGACUGCAACAAAUCCCACCGUCCCAGCAGCAUCAGCAGAUGGCGCCACAAGCUCAGAGUACAGCAGUACUGGAGCUUCUGAGCCGCGUGUCGGAGCUGGACAGUGACAUGGUGGAUAUUACCCAGGAGCCUCCAGCGGAGGGAGUGUUAAGUGAGGAGGAUGACAGCGUGAUGGAGGAUGAUACCAGAAUGGCCCUAAGAGCAGUGACCCCUGCUGAACCAGAGCCCAUCUCUGCCUCCAGUCAGAUCGCCUCCUCAUUAGGAAUCAAUCCACAUACUCUUCAGAUUAUGAAGGCUUCCUUGUUUGCGGGUGAUGAUGACUGCGACCUCUUUAGCGAGCACCUCCCUUCAAAACUUUUGGAGGAGGUGGCGUCUCCCCGGCUUUUGCUCGGCAAAGCACAGGCCAGGCUAUCAGUGGGAGGACUUCUGCAGAGCAAGUUCACUUCGGGUGGAGGGAUGUUUUCACAGCUGCCAGAGAUUCCUUUUGGGGCGAUCUCCCAGAAGCUGAGUAAACCAGCAGCCACGGAAAGCCCAUGGCCCUCACUGAGCACCUCCAUUAUUUUACCUCCUCCAGCCCCCGAGGUCACACUGAGGACUGUAGGAGCACGCAGACUGGGGGGUCCUGUGCCGCUCGAUAACUCGGUCACUCGGGGGAAAGGUCGCCUGCUAAUGGACGCUGCGCUGUAUAUGGGUCGCUCGUUCAGGGUGGGAUGGGGACCUAACUGGACAUUAGUGCAUUGUGGGAAUCCACUUAGCACAUCUUCGGAGUCAAAGGAUCAGAACAAAGAGGACAUGAGUUUCAGUUUCUUGCCCAGACCUGUCAAGACCCGGCAGAUCACUGAUGGCCCUUUUAAAGUACACAUAGAGCAAGUGGUGGGCUUGGAGCACAAGGAGACUGCAGCGAGUCUGGCCGUGUAUCACCAGCCCCUUGAGAUCGGGCUCAAGCACAGCACGAUUAGCACUGAUGAUACCUGCCCCUUCAUUCAGCCAGAGAAAGGAGUGAACGCUCUGCACGAUUAUGCCAAGUGGAUUGUAGAGGUUCUGAAGGAGGCAGGAGCUGGAGAUGUUGUACUCGCUCAUUGGCAGCAAGUGUGGACUCUGUGUGAGGCUCUGUGGGGACGGCUUGGAGAUCAGGACUUGGAACCUGUGGUUGGCAGAGGUUAUCGAGAGCAACAUGCGAGAAGGCGCACUUUCUCCCGCUGGCUAUCUGAGAGCGCCGCACAACACGUCCAGGACGAAGUGUGCCAAAGUCAGACACAGCGCCACGUCAGUGCCAUCUUCAGCUACCUGACUGGCCACUGCAUUAGUGAGGCUUGCAAACUGGCCCAGAAAAAUGGAGAUCAUCGCUUGUCCCUGCUGCUGUCCCAGUCUGUGGGUUCCCAGUUCAGCAGAGAUCUUCUGGCUCUCCAGUUAGCAGACUGGAACAAAAUGCAGACAGACUCAUUCAUCCAAGAGGAGAGACUGCGUAUUUUCACCUUACUCGCAGGCAAACCUGUUUGGGAAACUACGGACUGCUGUAUAAAUGUGUGCUCCGAACUGGACUGGAAGCGUUGUUUGGCAGUGCAUUUGUGGUACAUGCUGCCUCCCACAGCCUCUGUAGCAGAUGCUCUCGCCAAAUAUGAAGUUGCCUUUCAGGGUUCGGAAGAGGUAAUGAAAUAUGCCUGCGCUCCUCUUCCUCCCUAUAUGGCUGAUGUGGAUUCGGAAGCUUUGGACGAGAUGGAGGAUUCAGAAUCUAACAAAUCCCUCCACGACAUCUGUUUCCAUCUACUCAAACUUUACAGUGACAAGCACUACAGUUUGGAGCAGCUGCUGGACCCCAUUACAGUGACGGCCGAGCAGCUAGACUACAGGUUGAGUUGGCACCUGUGGAACGUGCUGCAGGCAUUGAAUUACACCCACCUUUCAGUUUCCCGUCAGUCUCUCCUACAUUCUAGCUACGCUGCCCAGCUGGAGAGCGCAGGACUCUGGGAGAUGGCAGUUUUUGUUCUGCUGCACAUCCCUAACUCGUUCCUUCGAGAGCGUGCUGUGCGGGAGAUCCUGAACCAGCACUGCACCCUUGAGGACACUGAAGAGUCUGCAGAGAAGGAACGCUUUCUUACUGACAAGCUGUUCAUCCCCACGCAAUGGAUUCAUGAAGCCAAGGCCACUCGGGCACGCAGAGACGGAGACAAGCAUAAUGAAGCACUGCACCUCUACAGGGCUGAACACUGGAACCCCUGCCACCGGCUUGUCAUCCGGAAUUUGGCUUCAGACUGCAUCAUUAAUGAUAAUCAUGAGUAUCUGAAGGAGUUUCUGGAAGGCUUGGCAGUGCCUGAGCGCAGCGUGCAGGUACAGGACUGGGACACAUCAGGGCGUGUCUAUCUGGACUACAUCCACGUUAUUCAGACCCUAAAGGUCAUCCAGCAGAUGGAAAGCCCAGGAUACGAGCUGGAGCGGCUGCACACCAACGUGACGUCCCUCUGCAGCAGGAUUGACCUCCUUCCCUGUUUCAAAGCCAAAGAUCGUCUGGCUCAGUCAGAAAUGGCCAAACGUCUGGCCAACAUCCUCCGUGCAGUGCUAAGCCUUCAGCAGGGUGGAGAGGGCACCCCGGACCCUCGCUACAUCCCUCUUUGCCAUCUUGCACCCCACAUCGGACGCUUACCCAUGCCCGAGGACUAUGCUCUGGAAGAACUCCGCAGCCUUACCCAGUCUUACCUACGCGAAUAUAUUGGUUGUCACUGAGAAUUGGGACAAUUUACAGAACUGUCAAUCUUUGAGAACUUAAGUUUAACCUCUUGUCCAAAACAUAGUCUUUCAACACAUUAUCAUGUUUGUUCAUCUGUCAUUUGUGUCUGAAUUGUAUGCUUUGAUGUGAAUGAGUGUAUUUUACUGAUUAUUGCAUCUUGAGAACUCUUACAUGCAUGUAAGUGUUACUUUUCUUUCUCUUCAUGGAGUGCUUGCUAAAUGUCUUUGGCUGGCAUUCAGUUAAGAGAGAGUUGCAGUGACGGUCAUCAGCUUUUCUAUAUCAUUUGCUAUUAAGCACCAUCCAUGUUUAGUUUAUAUUUUUAGUGUUUUUUUUGAUGCUGCAAUAACUGGUCUGGCAGUAGACAAACUGUAGAGUUAAGUAUUUACUUUUUGCGCUUUAUAGUUAAGUAGUUUUGAACAUAUGACUUGAGCAAAUCAAAAACUCUUGGUGGUUGUGAUUUUUGAAAAAAUAAAUGCUGGUCUUUUUAAGGUGAUUAUAGAUUGGAGAUAAAGGGGUAAUCUCAUCAACUGUUUUAUCAUCACUUGGCAUCAAGUGAUGUUGAACAUAAAUCUGUAAAAUGGCCGUAAAUAUCUUUAUUUUUGUAAGAUUUUGUACAUAUGCCAAACAGCAAAACUGCAUUGUUAAAAUUUUCAACAAACGUAAUAUAAAUGAAUGGAUAGAGCUGCAAAGUGGAUGAAUGUGAGGAUGUAUUUAACAGUUGUGGGGUCAGAUUCCUUCCUGCUGCCAUGUGUUCCUCAGAGAUGUUUGUUCAGCAUAUAAGUCUGCCUGUAUAUUUUAAGUAUAUAAUAACUCUGUCCAGCUUAUAAUGCUGAUUACCCACCAGUUUUGUUUUAACUCUGUGUAGUUUAGUGUGGACUGUCUGACUGGUGUUUAUCUGCGGCUCUGUUCAUUUAAUCUGUGGAUGUUUGAAUCUUUUUUUUUUUUUUUUUUUUUUGGACUAAGCAUGUUUGUGCAGGUUAAUUUUCUAAAAUAAAAAGGCAAAUAAAAUUGAA